AUGGCAGGACCACACGAGGCGCACCUGUCACACAGCCAGAUUCCUCGGCUCAUACAGUGUUUCCUGCACGGUUCGAGGAAUUCACCUCUGCGAUUGAUCGUUGUGUUACACCGCUGUUGGCAACUUUUCAAUGUGGUGGCCAGGUAUGUUUAUUCCAUCAUCCACAGUCUGCAAUGUGGAAGUUACCCCUGGUCCAACACUUUUUACUCGAGAUUUCGGCGCUAUGUGUCUUUGUGGACUUCGCACAGUGGCAAGGCGAUGACCAGGGCUUUGGCCUUUUCGCUUCUUCAUUCCAAGGUUUAUCUAAGUUGGGCGUCCGAUGUAACUUCAGGGGAAAGGAGUGAUGACGUCAUUCAGACAGGACUGCAAUCUUCCAGCAUCCCGGUGUCAUUUGCUUCUGCCACCAUCGAAGUGUUAUCUUCGUUGCAGCCCGCGUCUGGACCCAAGGAUCUCACAGUUACCGAAGCGAAGCAAUUGUUGCCUUCCAAGCCUUUUGGAAACCCUCCGUUUGCUUUUCAGGAUGGGGGGGGCAUUGGGUCUUGCCCUGAUUGGAGUUGUCCCCCUCCAGGUACACCCAAUGUGCUUUUGGAUCUUCGCCAAUCCUGGAUGUCGUUCUUGCUUCGGAUCAAGUUGCCAUUACGACUGCGAGACUUUGUGCGUUCAGGGGGUGAAGCUUCAUUGUUCACCUAUGAGGAAAUUGCCGAACUUCGAGGCAGAUUCCAGCUCUGGGCCCGUAGGAACGGGGGCAUCGCCGAGGUGAACUGGCAGGUGGACGAUGGGCAACCAUAUUGCUUACGUGCAUUGCAAACAUUAAGUUCGCUGAUUAUGGACAAGGACACUUCGCUUUUUCCUUGCUUGAUUGAAGGAGUUCCCACUGGAUUUGACAAGAACAUUCCCAAAAGCAACGUUUUUGCGCCACGGGAGUCGGAUUCCACUAUUGAUGCUGAGCUUUUGCUUUGCGGGGGCAAUUGGUCAUCUGCUGAAGCUAACCCAGAAUUGCUUAGACAGCUGGUGGCUAAGGAAGUGGAAGCUGGUUAUUUGGUCCCAGUCUCUUUGGAAGAGGCCCGUCAACGAUGGCCAAAUCGUCUGGCAGUGGGAAAACUGAGCAUUGUCUCCUCUGACAGAUUGGUUGUCGAUAACAGCAUCUGCAAUACCAAUGCUUUGUGUGAUAUCAAUGAGACUUAUACCCUCCCCUUGUUGGGUUCUGUCCGGGCUUGCUUUCCUCUUCGAGGCCUGCCUUGCGAGCUGGCUGCUUGCACCAUUGAUGUCAAAUCAGCGCACAAGACAAUGCGAGUCAAGCAUGCUGACCAAGGUCUCCUCGGUGUGCAGUGUGAUGGUCAGCAUUAUUUUUAUCGCGUCUGCCCGUUCGGGGCGUGCUUUUCAGCACUUUGGUGGGCCCGCCUUGGGUCCUUCUUCGUACGAGUUUUACAUCUUUCGAUUUUCGUUCGGCACUCUCUGAUGCUGUAUGUGGACGGUUUCUUCGUCACCCAGGAUGCUUCUACGUUGUAUGGAUUGGCUGGUGUACGACUGAAACUGCAUCUCCAUGUGCAGAAGUUGCUGGCCGAUCCGAAGAAUGUGCGCAAGCGGGAUUUACAUAAAGUGGCAGGUCUUAUCCAGUGGGUUCUGGGUGCUUUCCCAUUGCUGCGGCCAUGGGUCGGAGUUCUUUACAAAGACAUACAUUGCCCCCCGGCCACAAACCACAGCCUGGACCCGCAUUAUUUCAAGGAAGUGUUCGAUUGCAUCGACGAACGCAUGCGUUUCAUCCGUUCUCCUACGGGCACAGCCAUUCCUGUGGGGGCGAAGCUGCUUGAGGUCAGACAUCUCCCUAUUCGCCAGAAGAAAGAUUUGUUGAAAGUUGUUCUUUCCUGCAAGAGAGUCUGGCUUAGGGUUGCAGACCCGGCACAGGUGAAGCGAAAACUCUCCGCCAAUAGCGUUGCUUUCCUUCAGUUUUGGCUGCAUUGGUGUAAACUUCCGACGCUACUCCGGCCUUUGCAAUUUCCGGCCAGAACUACCAUUGUAGCAGCAGCCGGCAGCAGCGGACGCCAUGGGAUCAGGAACCAAGUUUGCUAUCGGUGGCUUUGUCAAACUUUCGACAGCCACGAUUUGGUUCAGCGAAUGUUUCCAACUGGUGGAUUUUGCUUCUGCAGGGAUUGA